AUGGCAAGCACAACAUCACCAAACGAGUCCUUGAACCUCGCCAUCGUCGGCGGCGGCAUCACGGGCCUAACCCUCGCCAUCAGUCUCCUGAAGCACAACAUAAACGUCACGAUCUACGAGUCGGCGGCCAGCUUCGGGGAGAUCGGAGCCGGCGUGGGAUUCGGGCCCAACGCCGUCAGAGGAAUGGGCCUGAUAUCCCCAGAGAUGGAGGCGGCUUACGAGCGCUGCCGGACCCGCCAGUGGGAAAGCAAGGAGCACAUCUGGUUCACCGUGCGACUCGGUGACCACAAGAAAGUCGGAGAUAACGGACUCGUCAAACGGGAGGACUACGAGAAGCUGAAGAACGGAGCCCCUAUGUUCGAAGUGUACUACACCGGUGACGGUCCCAGGGGCGGCGUGCAUCGCGCGCACUUCUUGAAUCAGCUGGUCAAGCUGAUACCGGAGUCGGUCCCCAGGUUUUGCAAGAGGCUUCUCGAUGUCACCCAGCCGGACGGCUCGGAAGACGUAGUCUUGCAUUUUGCGGACGGCACGAGUGCGCAACAUACUGCUGUUCUUGGCUGCGAUGGCAUCAAAUCGCGCACACGGGAGCUGUUAUUGGGAAAAGAGAAGCGGGCCGUUUUCACCGGUAAGUACGUGUACAGGGGCUUGAUCCCAAUGGCGAAAGCGGUCGAGAUGCUCGGCGAGGAGCAGGCGAUGAAUAGCCAGAUGUACCUGGGCUACCACGGUCACAUGAUCACGUUCCCGAUAGAGAAGGGGAAGACGCUGAAUGUCGUGGCAUUCAAUUCAUGCGAGACGUGGACGGACUCUCGAUGGGUCGUGCCGACAACAAAGGAGGAAAUGGUGGCCAACUACCGCACCUGGGGUCCGAGCUGCAGCGCCAUCGUCGCCGCAAUGGAGAAGCCAGACGUAUGGGCGCUGUUCAACCACCCGCCAGCGCCGACGUACCACGGUUCGCAGCCGCUCAUCUGCCUCGUCGGCGACGCUGCGCACGCCAGCACUCCGCAUCAGGGGGCGGGGGCCGGCAUCUGCAUCGAGGACUGCUAUAUCCUCGGGAACCUCAUCGCAGAGGCUAGGUCCGUGGGGGGUCUACACAGGGCUUUUAGGGCAUAUGAAGAGAUUAGGAGGCCGCGGACGCUGAAGCUUGUCGAGACUAGCAGACAGGCGGGAUUGCUCUAUGACUUCGAGUCGCAGGGGGAUGACCUCGAGGCUGUUGAGCGGGACAUGAAGUCGCGCAUGAGUUGGAUUUGGGAUAUUAACCUGGUCGCUGAACUUGAGAAGGCGAAGGCGAUUUUCCGACCGUUGAAUUGA